GCCCGGCCUGGCCGCUGGCCUCCCCUCCGGAGGCCCAGCCUCGCCAGCCCCCCAGCCUCCCCCCCCCCGAUCUUGGAGAGUCUCGCUCUCUUCCUGCUCAGCCUCCACCGUGGUGUGGGCACCCUGGGUCUUGGGGGUGUCCCCCACCCCCCGCACACACACCCCAGCCAGCCAUGCGUCUACCCUGUGGCCCGGCCUCCACGCCUCUCUUAUGGAUCCUCUGUGGAGUCCUGGCCGGCUUGGGGUCCCCGAUGGCCGCCCGCCUGCCCAGGCAGAAUCAGACUUGCUGGGAGGAGGAGAAAGAAUACUAUGAGCCCCGUGUGGGGGUGUGCUGCACCCGAUGCCCCCCAGGCAUGUACGUGUCCACGCAAUGCGACGGGACCCAGGACACCGUGUGCGCCGCCUGCCCCGAGCACUCCUUCAACGAGCACUGGAACCACGUGAAGCAAUGCCAGAUGUGCCGGCCCUGCGACACGGUGCUGGGCUUUGAAGAGGUCGCCCCGUGCAACCGCACGCACCAGAGCCAGUGUCGCUGCCAGCCCGGCACCAGCUGCUUCUUCUGGGACUCCAAGUGUGCGCACUGCCAGCCGCUGCUGCCCUGCCCGCCGGGCACGGAGGUGGACACGGCAGGUGAACAUGACGAGGGCCCGCCGCGCUGCCUGCCCUGCAAGGCGGGCUUCUUCCAGAACGCCUCCUCCCCCAGCGCCCGCUGCCAGCCGCACACGAGCUGCGAGGAUCGAGGCCUAGUAGAGGCAGCGCCGGGCACGCUGGAGACGGACAGGAUCUGCCAAAGCCCCCCACAGCCCCCCGAUGCGCCAGGAACCGGCGCUGCGCUGCUCGCCCUGGCGCUCUUGGCUCUGCUGGUCCUGGUCUCCAGCCUGACCUGCGCCUGUGCCUGGAGGAGCCAUCCGACGCUCUGCAGGAAGCUGGGAAGCCUGCUCAAGAGGCGGCCACAGGCCGAGGAGUUCUCCUCUGGCCCAGUCCCCAAAGUCAACCCGCCUGUCCCCGACCUGGUGUGGCCGCUGCUGCCGGACCCCGAGGACGUGCCCCCGCCCCCCCUGGGCACCCCCAGAACCCCCAUCUUGGAGACAGCGAGGCUCCAACAGCAGAGCCCUGUGGGCCCACCCCGAGAGCCCGAGGUGGAGGCAGGAGAGCCAGGCCCGGUGGCCACUGGUAAGUCGAGGCAGGCCUGCGGGCCACGGCAGGGGAGAGGAAAAGGAUGACGGUCGGAUGGAAGGAAAAGUCCAGCCGGAGGCAGAGGUUGGGAGGAUUGAGGUUUGAGGCCGGCCUCCACAAAAAGUGCGCAAGGCCUGCCCCCUCCCCA